AUGGACGCCGCUCUGCUGCUGAACGUGGAGGGGGUGAAGAAGACCAUUCUGCACGGAGGCUCCGGGGACCUCCCGAGCUUCCUCACGGGGUCCCGCGUGACCUUUCACUUCCGCACCACGAAAUGCGACGACGAGCGGACGGUGAUCGACGACAGCAAGCAGGUGGGCCAGCCCAUGCACAUCAUCAUCGGCAACAUGUUCAAGCUGGAGGUGUGGGAGACGCUGCUGAUGUCCAUGCGCCUCCACGAGGUGGCCGAGUUCUGGUGUGACACCAUUCACACAGGCGUCUACCCCAUCCUGUCCCGGAGCCUGCGGCAGGUGGCCGAGGGCAAGGACGCCACCGAGUGGCACGUGCACACCUGCGGGCUGGCCAACAUGUUCGCCUACCACUCGCUGGGCUACGAGGACCUGGAUGAGCUGCAAAAGGAGCCUCAGCCCCUCAUCUUCAUCAUCGAGCUGCUGCAGGUGGAGGCCCCGAGCGAGUAUCAGAGGGAGACGUGGAACAUGAACAACGACGAGAGGCUGCAGGCCGUGCCCGUCCUCCACGGGGAGGGGAACCGGCUCUUCAAGCUGGGCCGCUACGACGCCGCCUGCACCAAGUACCAGGAGGCCAUCGUCUGCCUGAGGAGCCUGCAGACCAAGGAGAAGCCCUGGGAGGUGCCGUGGCUGAAGCUGGAGAAGAUGAUCAACACCCUCAUCCUCAACUACUGCCAGUGUCUGCUCAAGAAAGAGGAGUACUACGAGGUGCUGGAGCACACGAGCGACAUCCUGCGGCACCACCCAGGCAUGGUGAAGGCCUACUACGUGCGGGCGCGGGCGCACGCGGAGGUGUGGAACGCAGCCGAGGCCAAGGCAGACCUGGAGAAGGUGCUGGAAUUGGACCCGUCCAUGCAGAAGGCGGUGCGCAGGGAGCUGCGGCUGCUGGAGAGCCGCAUGGCCGACAAGCAGGAGGAGGAGCGGCUGCGCUGCCGGAGCAUGUUGGGCUAG